CAGCUGUCCCUCAGUCGGUCGGGAUUUCAGAGCCACGGGAGAAUCACCGGAGCGGGUUUUAGUGAUAAACCAGCACCUUUUUGGGAGACGAUACCUCAUUUUAUGGUUACAUAAACACGCAACGAGCUACUGUAUCCGGGAUUUAACGAUGGAAACUGAACUAUGAGGUGUUGUGACGCUGCAGAAGACUGAGUGAACCAUGGCACAGUUCCCGACCACAUUCGCAGGUCCAGAUGUGUUUCUGAUCUCAGUGGAUGAGAGAGCCAAACAUGAUCAGCAGUUUCACAGCCUCUCUCCGACCGCCGGAGGUUACAUCACAGGUGACCAGGCCAGGAACUUUUUCCUCCAAUCAGGGCUGCCGCCGCCCAUCCUGGCCCAAAUAUGGGCUCUGGCCGAUAUGAACAGCGAUGGCCGGAUGGACAUCCACGAGUUCUCCAUCGCCAUGAAGCUGAUCAAACUGAAGCUCCAGGGUCACCCUCUGCCCCCGUCGCUGCCUCCCAGUAUGAAACAACCCCCACUGCCUUUACCCCCACAGAGCGGCUUCGGCCUGCCCCCCAUGGCUCCCCUUCCAACCGCUCUGCCCGGCGUGCCUCCUCUCCCCCUGCCUCCUCUACCCGUCGGGGUGUCUCCCCCUCUCGUCUCGUCGGCGCCGCCACCCCUCCCGCCGCCCAUCGCCAACGGAGCUCCGCCCACCGGCAUGAUGCAGCCGAUCUCAGGCUUCUCCCACCCAGCUCCUUCUGUCAACAAGUCGUCUUCGUUUAAUCGUUCCAGCUCCAAGCUGCAGAAGGGCUCGUCCUUCGAUGCUGCUGGCGCCCAGCCGCCCUCUGACUGGGCGGUUCCUCAGUCCUCCCGGCUGAAGUACAGGCAGCUUUUUAACUCCCACGACAAGAUGAUGAGUGGACACCUCACCGGUCCGCAGGCUCGAACCAUCCUGAUGCAGUCCAGUCUUCCCCAAAGCCAGCUGGCCUCCAUAUGGAGCCUGUCGGACAUCGACCAGGACGGAAAGCUAACAGCUGAGGAGUUCAUCCUGGCUAUGCACCUCAUAGAUAUGGCGAUGUCGGGGUUACCGCUGCCCCCCGUGUUACCACCAGAUUACCUCCCACCUACGUUCAGGCGCGUUCGAAGCGACAGCGUUCAGUCGGACCAGAAGAGCGUCCAGGAGGAGGCGGAGGAGGAGACUGAGAGCAACCAGGACAAGAAACUACCAGUGACGUUUGAGGACAAGAAGAGGGAGAACUUUGAGCGAGGAAACCUGGAGCUGGAGAAGAGACGUCAGGCUUUGCAGGAGCAGCAGAGGAAAGAGCAGGAGAGGCUGGCUGCACUGGAGAGAGAGGAACAGGAGAGGAAGGAGCGCGAGCGUCUGGAGCAGGAGAGGAGGCGACAGCAGGAGCUAGAAAAACAACUGGAGAAACAAAGAGAGCUGGAGAGGCAGCGAGAAGAGGAGCGACGCAAAGAGAUCGAGAGGAGAGAGGCUGCCAAGCGGGAGUUGGAGCGCCAGCGUCAGUUGGAGUGGGAGCGUCAGCGUCGCCAGGAGCUUCUGACUCAACGAAACCGGGAGCAGGAGAGCAUAGUGCUGCUAAAGGCCAGGAAGAAGACCCUGGAGUUUGAACUGGAGGCCCUGAACGACAAGAAGACCCAGCUGGAGGGUAAACUGAAGGAUGUUCGCUUUCGCCUGUCGGCUCAGCGGAGGGAGGUGGAACAAACCAACCAGACCAGAGAAACACGCAUCGCUGAAAUCACGCUGCUACAACAGCAGCUGCAGGACUCCCAGCAGUGGCUGGGGAGGCUGAUUCCUGACAAACAGAGUCUCAACGAUCAGCUGAAGCAGGUCCAACAGAACAGUCUGCACCGUGACAGUUUGUCGUCGCUGCAGAAGGCCGUCGAGCAGAAGGAGUCGAGCAGACAGCAGCUCAGAGAGCAGCUCGACGCCGUGGAGAGGGAGACGAGGGCCAAACUCCUGGAAAUAGACGCUUUCAACACCCAGCUGAAGGAGCUGAGGGAGAUCCACAGCCGGCAGCAGCGGCAGAAACAGAAGGAGCUGGAGGGCGACACGCACACACUGACGCACACACACCCUCACAUACACCCUCCCAUCGACAGGAAGUCGGCCGAGCUGCAGGAGAGCAGGUUGUCGUCGGACGAAGGCGUCGCCUGGAGGGAUGAAGCAGGAAGUUCUGCUCCCAAAGCUCCCAGCCCGCCCUCCGUCUCCGCCCCCCACGCCUGGUUGAACAGAGUGACCCAGGAGGAGGAGGAGAGGAAGAGGAGAGGCAUGGAGGACGAGGAGGAGGGCAGGAAGGCGGCAGGGUCCAUAGAGGACAAGGAGGAUGAGGGCAGAGGCAAGAAGGACAUGCAAGAUAAACUAAACAAGCUGUUCAGCCAGCCGGCCGACCCCUGGGCUUCAGCAGCAGUAGAAAAGACUCCGGUUCCCAGCCUGUUCGACCAGAAGGCUUCGGCCGGCAGCUUCGAGCAGCAGCAGCAGCAGCAGCAGCAGCCGGUGAAGGUGGUUUACUACCGAGCUCUGUACCCGUUCGACGCUCGCAGCCACGACGAGAUCAGCAUCGCUCCCGGAGACGUAAUCAUGGUGGAUGAGUCCCAGACAGGUGAGCCCGGCUGGCUGGGAGGUGAGCUCAGAGGGAGGACCGGUUGGUUUCCGGCCAACUACGCAGAGCGGAUACCGGACAGCGAAGCGCCAAUCAGCCUGCGAGCCACCGCCUCGGCCACGCCCACCUCAGCCCAGCAGCCAAUGACGACGCCUCCUCCAGCACCAGGACACACCUCCUCCUCCACGUCGUCUGCAAACAGCAACUGGGCCGACUUCAGCACUACAUGGCCGUCGAACACAGCCAGCCAAUCAGACAGCGAGGGGUGGGACGCCUGGCCGACGUCUUCGACCAGUCAGAAUCCGUCUCUGAGCGUCCCCUCGGCGCAGCUACGGCAACGCUCCGCCUUCACGCCCGCUACCAUGACGACGGGUUCCUCUCCGUCUCCUGUACUGGGACAGGGAGAGAAGGUGGAAGGUCUUCAGGCUCAGGCUUUGUAUCCCUGGAGAGCCAAGAAGGACAACCACCUCAACUUCAACAAGAAUGAGAUAAUCACAGUGUUGGAGCAGCAGGACAUGUGGUGGUUGGGCGAACUGCAGACCGGACAGAGAGGCUGGUUCCCCAAAAGUUACGUUAAACUCAUCUCAGCCACGAUGACGGUGGCGCCUCCCGGUGCAGCAACGCGCAGCAAAAACACGAGUGAAUCUGGAGUUUCAGAGAGCCCCCCCAAUGGAAAGCGUCCCUCCCCCUCCCCAACGAAACCCUCCGACUCCGGAGAAGAAUACGUCGCCAUGUACACCUACGAGAGCAGCGAACAGGGAGACCUGAGCUUCCAGCAGGGCGACGUCGUCAUGGUGACCAGGAAAGAAGGGGAUUGGUGGACGGGGAUGGUCGGUGGGAAGACCGGCGUCUUCCCGUCCAACUACGUCAAACCACGAGACUCAGCGUCGGAGUCUCUGGGACCAGCAGGGAAGACGGGCAGCCUCGGGAAGAAGCCAGAGAUCGCCCAGGUGAUCGCCCCCUACAGUGCGACGGGAGCAGAGCAGCUGACGUUGGCUCCAGGACAGCUGAUCCUCAUCAGGAAAAAGAACCCUGGCGGCUGGUGGGAGGGCGAGCUGCAGGCUCGAGGGAAGAAGCGUCAGAUCGGUUGGUUUCCAGCCAAUUACGUGAAGCUGCUUAGCCCCAGCACCAGCAAGACAACGCCCACAGAGCCAACGCCUCCUAAACUGGCUCCUGCCAGCACAGCUCUGUGCCAGGUGAUUGGCAUGUACGACUACGUGGCGCAGAACGACGACGAGCUGGCCUUCCAGAAGGGCCAGGUGAUCACCGUGCUCAACAAGGACGACUGUGAUUGGUGGAAGGGGGAGCUGAACGGGAGGGAGGGGCUGUUUCCGAGCAACUACGUCAAGCUCACCACAGACACCGACCCGAGCACGCAGUGAUCAUAUCAUUACCCAGAACCCCCCUCUCCUCAAAGCCCUCAAAGAGACCCACUAGGCCACGCCCACUAGGCCACUCAACCAAUGGGACAGCAGCAAGAGGUCACAUGACCCGGAAAUGGCGCCUCUCCACCAGUAGAAGCCAGAGAGAGAGAGAGACAGACAGACACACAGACAGACUGUAACGUUAAGAGCAGAACUCUGUCUAUGCAUGGCUCUGACUGGACUUGGCCAAACUCUGUUUAUCUAAGGCUCUGGCUCCAGACAGGAGGGAGAUCAGUAGUCAGGACUCCUCUCCUCCUCCUCUUCCUCCUCCACUCUCCUCCUCCUCCUCCUCCUCUUCUUCUUCUUCUUCUACUACUGUUCUCCUCUUCUUCCUCUUCCUCUUCUGCUCCUCUUCUACCUGCUCCGAGGUGUUUAGACGAGGAGUGAAGGGAGAAAGGAGGAGACUGAAGGAGACUAUUGAGCUCCUUCCCUCCGACAUUGGACUGAUGCUUUGACUGGAUCACAGUGACUGUAAACACACACAAACACACACACCUUAACCGCAAACACACACACACACACACACACACACACACACACUUUAACCAGCCCUGUGCUCGCGUGGUAAAGUGGAUAGUGGGUCAUUUUGUGGCUUUAAGGGAGAUUCUGUCAUUAGAAUCGGCUCAUCCCCUUCCUCCCUCCUUCCAUUUUUUAUUUUUAUUUUUUAUUUUUUAACCUCGCUCCCAUUGGUUCAGCAGCUUCUCUUCCCACCCGUCAGUCAAAAAGCGCUGGCUCCGCCCCCUACCCCUCACUAACUCCUCCCCCUCCCACAGCUUCACAGAAAGACCCACUAUCUGCUGGAGGACACGUCUCAAUGUUUGCCCUCGUCGCCUUUUUUUCUCCACCUCUGCUCUCCUCAAAGCCAAAGACUUUUCCUCUACUUCCUGCUUCCUUCCUCGUUUUUUUUUCCCCCCCGCGAAGGAGAUGAAGGAGAGGAGGCGAGGCAGUAUUGAGAUGCGUCCCGCAGCAGCUAAAGGCUACGCCGCAGCCCCGUCGACGCUGCCGCCCUUCUUUCGUUUUUCCUCCUCCCGCCUCGCUUUUCUAGGGCAGGAGGCGAGAAGGCGUAGAGAGCUGCCACUGCUUUAGCGUAGCGGCUAACCAAACCACACAACACGGUACAAAACACACACACACACACGGUUUUUACCCACAGUAGGUCUGAAUAUGUAUUAACUUUAAAGCUCCGUUUCAUCUUCUGUUGUUUUUGUUUUGUUUUUUGUUUGUUUACAUGUUGUUUUAUCUGUUGCUAUGGUGACGGGAUGCGCUACCGAGGGUCAGACCAAGAUUCAGUACCAAAAACACAAACCACAACGUAGGGGUGGAACGAUUUGAAUCAUUCCAGUUUAAAGUUUGACGUUUUGGGGCGAAUUAACCCUGGUUAGCUUAGCUUAGCAUUAAGUCUGGAAGCAUUAAAUGGAUCACACUAGCAUGUUUAGCGUGACUAGCGCACAGAUAUCGAACUUGUCGCUCGUUUGCUAAGAAAAUAAAGAGUUUAUUCCCCCAAAAUGUCAAACUAUUCCUUUAAAUAGUUCCGCUUUUUUUGUCUAACUUCACAGACGGGUGAAAUGUGAACUUUUUCCACAUCGCGACGCACCUUGGAGGCUUUUUUUUGUUUAGCUCAUCUGCGAUGUUCUUCAUCGCGCUGCACUUGCAACCUUGCACAAUCUUUUCACCCCUACAACGCGCUGCCGUGAAUUCAGACAUUUUUAAACCAGAGUUUAAACCAGAACUUCCCAACUGAGGCUCCAGCGGCUGAAUCUUUAUAAUAAAUCUGAUUUUUUUUUUUUAGCAGCAGCUUCGUGUGCGUCUUUGCCUUUCCCUCCGUUUGUUCCCAUAGCAACAGACCAGUAUUGUAGGGGUUGCCAUAUCAGAUUUGUAUUGUUUUGUUGUUGUUUAUUCAGAUGACAGUAUUGUGAUUUUAAUGUUUACCCUCGGAAACACAAAACAAAAAAAACCCAACGAGACAAUUAUCGAUCUUUUUAUACAACAAGCAAUAGAGUUGUUAUUGUUAUGGAUAAUAUUAUUAACCUGCUUGGAUCCCAUUGGCUCCUCGGCGUGUCAGUAUUGGAGGUGAAGCGCUCUGAUUGGUGGACGAGUCGAGACCGUCGGCAUUUUUUUUCUUUUUUUUGUUUGUUUGUUUUAAAUAAACUUGGUUCGUUUUUGGGAGCGAUGUUUUAAACCGACUCCAGCGUUCGGGGUCGGAGUUUUUUUGUCAGUUUGGUUGCCGACGGUCGAGACUCGUCGCAGUCGGAGGAUUUUAGUUGAGAACAAAGACCAGAACUCGACCAGAACCACGUUUUACGUCACACAAACUCAAACCUAUCAUCCUGUUACCGCGUUCUGCCACCUGCAGGCGGUUUCAUCCCCGUUUCAGGUGGAAGAAUCACACGCUUCUUGUUUUUGUUUUCCUUCACAUUUUACCAUUUUUAACAGAACACUUGUUGCUCAGGAACGUGGCUCUGCUCCAGUCUGGUCUGUUUAUAAAGAUAAUAAAGCUCUGUAUGAUCUGUACUUAAUCUAAUGAGAGGUAACGGUCGCUGCUUCGUGUGGGAAUAAGUAGCGACUCUGAUGAUGGGACGAAUGGAUGAGCAGCCAAGCCAAAUGCACCCAGAAUGCACUUGGUGUCAGUGAAUCGAUGAAUGAGUGACGAAUGGAGUGAUUUUAUGGACGCGUGGAAACACACACACACAGGCGUGAAUGAGCGAGUGAAUGAACUGUACAGAAUGUUAGCGUAGCGCCGUUAGCAGAAAUGUGUCCCGAGGUUUUAUUGGUGGAGAUUUUUGGUGAAGCGGUGAAUCUGACUGGUCCUGAUGAUUAAACGCUCUGAGACAGAC